UCUCUCUCUCUCUCUCUUUCCACUGAGGCUGUUUUAACUUUCUGAGGGCGACUACAUUUCAGUCGUCUCUCAAGGUAAACGGUUUAUUGGGGAGGGGAGACCUUCGUGUUUAUAGGGGAGAGAGAUUACGAGCUGUGACGGCGGUGGGUUGUUCUUUUUUAUUCAUCUGUCGAGCGGAGACCUGUUCGCCAGAAAUGAUUGGCUAUUUCAUGAAAAUGAGAAAGUCGGAGAAAUGUCUUUUUCCCUGGGCGACACCUUCAGCAGCCCAGCCAUAAUGCACAAACGGAAACAAGCGAGUGUUUGCUUCUUUCAAACAAUAUCUGGAUUGUCAAGAACUCAAAGAUUCCCACUGCUGAAUGCCAUCCACACACUUUAAUUGACAUCAGCAGUGCCACUGAGAAGUACAUCCUGUCUUAUUCCACCUGAAACUUUAAAUCUAACGACCUAACAUCACAGAGAAGCACCACACGUUCAUCUUUUGGCCUUGGUUAUUAUGGAGAAUCUCAGUGAGCUCCAGAACCCAUUGUUGGACAAAAACAGUAAGCACAUGGUCAACGGUUAUGGGGGCGACUUCCCAAAUAACCAGUACCAGGAAAAUAUUAUCAAUUACUUUGCUGGAGGAGGAGGAGGAGGAGGAGGAGGAGGAGGUGUAGGUGAGGGGGGAGGAAAAGUGAGUAAUGGCAACGUAGGGAGUGUAGGGAGCUGUAACACCAAUGGGAAGAUAAAAUCCCAGCAGCUUUUGGACGCCACCUCUCUGCAUCUGGCGGUGGAGGCGUUCUACAGGCCAAACUUUAUCCUGUACAAGGAGGACAGCAGCAGCAUCAAAGCUAAGGAAUACAAAAGCGAGUGCUGCGAGACCACCUUCACAGAGAAGAAGGCGAAGGAGGCAUCCAACACGGCAGGGGCUGACACGCCUGGCACGGAGGAUCCCCAGGCCAAGCUGCUGGAAGACGGUGAACACGUCAAGAUCCAAACCGUUUCCUACGAGGUGGAGGAGGAGGAGUAUGUGGAGUAUGAGACGGACUGCUCCAGCGACAGCGAGAGCGAGGACAACUUCAUCGUCGUCCCUCCUCGAGACCACCUGGGCCUGGCCAUCUUCUCCAUGCUCUGCUGUUUCUGGCCUCUGGGGAUUGCAGCGUUCUACUUCUCACAGGGGACCACCAAGGCAGUGAACAAAGGUGACUUCCCUCUGGCCAACAUCGCCUCUCGACGAGCCCUGUUCCUCGCCGCCCUCUCCAUCACUAUAGGCACCGGCGUGUACGUGGGAGUGGUGGUAGCUCUCAUCGCCUACCUUUCAAAACCAGGACACAUAUAGCACUUCUGCACCUUCCCCUCGACACACACCUCCGGGGAGCCCAUAGGAAGGAGAACAACUCCCUCUCUUGGGAACGGCAUUGCUCCAGCUGACU